AUGGAUAUUAUUAAAACAAGGUCCUUAUGCGCCCUGUUUAUUAUUAUUGGUCUAGUUAUUGCUCAUGGUGAUCAUGGAAAUGUUCCAGAGGGUGAAGCCAUCUCUGAGGAUCCUAUUGAUUCUAUUCUAUGGAUUCAUAUGAUUUUAAUGGGUUUCGCAUUUGGUAUCAUCUUUCCUCUGGGAAUGGUCCUUGGUAUCGUACGCUCAAGAUGGCACGUCCCCGUUCAAACAGUCGGAACUAUCAUCGCUGUCCUCGCCUACUUCCUCGGCCACGCGCACAAAGGUCGCCAAUUCUCUGCGAACGUACACCACUCCUUCGCAAACUGGUUAAUGCUCAUGCUUGUUGUGCAAGUCGGACUGGGAUUCUACUUGAAGCUACACCUGGAGAAAGGCAUGCAGGGCCGAAUCCGCUGGAUGUUCGUUCUUGCGCAUGGAAUAAUUGGCAAGAUCAUGCCCGUUGUGAGCUGGACGCAGAUGGUUUUCGGUGGUAUUGCGGCAAUGGGCUUCUGUCACGAUGAUCAUCUCGGACAGUGUCUUGCGCACUUCAUCAUGGGUUCUGCAUUCAUCGGAUACGGUAUCGCUUUGACUAUUCUCCUUCUGGUGGGUCAGUUCUGGUUACGUCGCACCGGCCGCAGUCAGGAAUUCUUCGAUAGCUUGAUUAUUGCGGCUUGGGGAUGUGUUAACACCUUUACUGAGCACCGUUGGGGUCAGCCUUGGGCUCACAACGACUUGCAGCAUACGAGUAUGGGUAUUGUCUGGUGGUGUGCUGGUCUGUUGGGUAUGUGGCUGAGUCGCAGUCGUAAUGGUCGGCCUAAGCGGAAUAUUGUUCCCGCUAUUGUCAUUCUCAUGACUGGGUACGCUAUGUCUGCUCACGCUCAGAGCCUUAUGAUCAGUACUAUGAUCCACACUGUUUUCGGUUAUACCUUGAUGGCUGCGGGAGCUACUCGCAUUAUUGAGAUCUCGUUCGUGCUGCGCGAUAAGAGCACGAUUAGCAUGAGCGGAACUGACCCAAACAGCUUCCAAUAUCUUCCUCCAUUUUUACUAUACGCCUCUGGAUUCCUGUUCAUGGGUGCCACCGAGGAGCAGAUGCAGAUUCUCAACGACGCCGGUAUUACCCACGUCUCAUACGUACUUAUCCUAUACAGCAUUGCCUUUAUCUUGUUUCUCUUUGUCAAUGUUCUUCUCCAUAUCUAUGCUGUCCACGCUUGGCCAGAGGGCGCCGAGGAAGAGCAAGAAGUCCCCAAGUCCAACACAAAUGGCGUGUACUUGAACGGCAACGGUAACGUUAACACUCGUGCCCGAUCGCGCUCAGAAGAACAGCGCAUCCACGACGCUGAGGCCUUUGAGCUACAGGGUCUGAUCAGUGAAGACGAGGAGGAAGCGGGCAACGCAAUGGGACCCAAAAAGUCACUUGAUGAAGAGACUGGCGCGAAAGCCGCUCAGGCUUGA